AAAAGCUUGGAUUGAAUGAAGAUUCAAGCUUUGGGUUGUGACUUUAUUUCAAGCGACCAAAUGGCGGAGACGAUGAUAGGGAUGAGUUCAGCAUCUGGGGAUGCGAAGUCAGGAAUCGGAGUUGAGAUUCAAAACCCAGAGAGAGAAAACAUCCGGGUCAACUUACCCGGGAAGAGAAAGAGGGUUUCUGCUGUUGAAUCAAUGACACCAGAAGAGAGAGAUGCUAGGGUUGGUGAUUUUAGACAAGAGAUCGAAGGAUUGUUCAGGUACUACAGAGAGUUGGUAGCCGAGAAGAUGAAUCUGGACAUACGUGGGUGUGCUUCGAGUAAUAUGGCGGUUGCUUGCUUGCUUGAAGAGAGUAGUAUGCCGUUCUCGAAGUUGGUUAGCGAGAUCUACGAGAAGAUGAAGGAGAUAAGCGAGGGUUCUACUAAUGGGGUUACUCUCGCUUCCGUGAAGAUUUCAGUUCAUUCCGUUGGCCAGAGAUCUUCGUAUGGAUUGACUAAUUUUGAUGCAGAUUUGUUUGAAGAUGAAACUGAUUCAUGUUUGUGGUGUUGGGAGACAAGAGACAUGAAGCUGCUGCCACAAUCUUCGCGUGGUAUGAUAAAAAUUAGACGUACAUGUAAGAAAAAGAUUCAUGAAAGGAUUACUGCUGUAACUGAUAUGAUAACUACAUUACAAAAGUCUGGAAGCUGUGUUCGUGAUCUGACAAAAGCAUCCGAAAGGCUUUGUAAAGUCUUAAAUGAGGCAGAUAUUCGAUUGAUGGCUCAAAGCAUGGUAGAGAAAAAUAGUGCCCACAUGGGAGACAAGGAAGUGAAGAAAGAAGAAAAGAAGCUAAUCAAGGAAAUGGAGAAGAUUAAAUGGGAAGAAGAGAAGGAGAAGAAGAGAAUGAAUCUGGAACUUAUGAAGGAGAAAUUGCAGAAUGAAAAGGAACUGAAGAGGUUGCAAUCAGAAGCAUUAAAAGAAGAAAGAAAAAGAGAGAAAGAGGAAGCUGAACACAGGAAACAGUUGAAGAGGAAGCAAGAGGAUGAUGAGAAAGAUCAAAGGCGUCGAGAGAAGGAAGAGGCUGUGCAAAAAAUGCAAAAUUCGUUACAAAAGCAAGCCUCUCUUAUGAAUCGUUUCCUUAAAAGAAGCAAGACCAGUGUCACUUGUCCGGAUGGGGAAUUGUCUUCUCAAGCAACAGCUUUUGUUUCACCUCCUGACAAGAGAAGCACUGUAUCUGAAUCAGUUACGUUGACAAUGGAUAACAUUCUUUCAAGGAAGGAUGAAAUGGAUGCUGAUGACAUCCUAAAAGCACACAUGAUUUCUUGGAAACGUCCAAAUAGAAAACAUCACUGGGGGAUGAGGCAAAAGCCAAAGUCUGAUGUAACCAAGAAAGUUAAAUUAAGUGCAAGCAAAACAUUGGUUGGUGAAGAUGAGUUAAACUUGGAGAAGCUUGAUGGUGCAUGGGAUGAAACACAGGCUGAUGAAAGAUCAGACAAUACCAUUUCAGAUGCUGUAGUUCCUUGCAUUCAGAGACCCAAAUGGCAUAAGCAGUUGUUGCAAUUUGAUAAAAGCAAUAGACCUGCAUUCUAUGGCAUUCGGACCAAGAAGAGCCAAGUUAUUGGACCACGAUGCCCUUUUAAGAAGGAUCAGGACCUGGAUUACGAAAUUGAUAGUGAUGAAGAAUGGGAAGAGGAGGAGCCUGGUGAAAGCUUAUCAGAUUGUGAUAAAGAUGAUGAUGAGGAAGUCUUAGAGGAAGGAUCUUCAAAAGUUGAUGGUGAGGAUGAUAGUGAAGAUGAUUUUUUUGUGCCUGAUGGAUAUCUCUCUGAAGAUGAGGGGGUACAGGUUGUUGGAAUGGAGUCUGAUAAUAUAAUGGACACGGCAGAUAAUGUGCCUGAUUGUAAAAUAGAUCCAGAGAAUGAGCAGAAGAUGCAUGUUCUUCUCAGACAGCAGAAACAUAUGUUCAAGUUGACUGAUCAUGCGCUUCGGAGGAAUCAGCCUUUGAUUAUUUCGAAUAUUAAGCAUGAAAAGGCCCCGCUCAUGUUGGCAGAGGAUCUCAGUGGUACUGCCAAGCUUGAACAGUUGUGCCUUCAAGCUUUAAGUAUGUGUCGAUUUCCUGGUGGCCCCUGCAUAGAUAUUUCCCUUGUUGAUAAUGGGCUGGAAGAGGAUGACAAUUCUCGCAUAUCAAUGAAAAAGGAAUCUUCCAUUACCCCACGUAAGGUGGCAGCUGUAUCUGAACUGGAUUUACGGGAAAUUGUAUCAACUAUUCAGUCCCACCAACAUGGUAUCAACAGAUUGCUGGAAUCUUUGCAUCAGAAAUUUCCUACCAUUCCAAAGUCCCAACUGAAAAUUAAAGUCCGUGAGAUAUCUGAAUUUGUGGAUAACCGAUGGCAGGUCAAGAAAGAUGUGCUGAAGAAUCUUGGAUUGCCAAUUUCACCAGAAAAGGGCAGUAGUAGUGUGAAAACCAAGAGUAUUGCUGCCUUCUUCUCAAAAACUGCUGGAGAUGGCAAGAAGAAGAUCAAACCCAAUUCAAACCCUUCUCUGGAAAAUAGUUUGCCAAAAGCUUCAACUUCCUCCUCAACUGCACCUGCAUUGUGAUGAUCAUCAUCUCUGUUUCUUUACUCUUUAUUUUGGAAUAACACAAACAUUUACCAUGACAAACAUCUCUCUCUGUCUCCCAAAGUCCUAUUGAUUCUUUAUGUGAGGAGAUUGGCAUAAUUUGUGCAGAACUUGGUUGUACUUGUCACAUGCAUUCAUAUCAUUAAUGAGUACAUUUGGAAAAUGAUACUUUUUUGAGAAAUUGGCAAUGUUUUGUUUUAAUAUGUUAUGCAUUU